UUCAAUUCCUAGAUCCUUAUUCUCUCCUCCAUUUGCGAUGGAAACGUUCUUUCGACACGUCUAGUUCCAUCUUAUCUCUCAUCUGGCAAUCUUGCAUUUAUAUAAGACCAUCUCGAACUGUAGUACAUCCUUUAUUUAGAGCUUACCAAGACCUUUCAUCACCAAACCUCCCACAUCUUUCACUCUCUCCCUUUGGAGUCUUGCAAAAUCGAUCCAGCCAUGGCUUCAUUGAAUUCGCUUCUACCCUCUAUGCUCCUAGUUUUGGCCAUAGCUGCUUCCCUCGCAUCGCCGUCUUUAUCGACGUCGAGGCGAGCGCUCGAGCACAAGGGAGCUAAGCAAAUUGGGUUUAGGGUGACCCUCAAGCAUGUGGAUCAUGGGAAGAACUUCACCAAGUUCGAGCGUCUACAGCGCGCGAUGAAGCGCGGGAAAAGCCGCUUGCAAAGGCUGAAUUCCAUGGUCUUGGCGGCUGGGGAUAGCACCGAGGUGGAGUCUCCGAUCCAUGCGGGGAAUGGAGAGUUCCUCAUGCAGUUGUCGAUGGGCACGCCCCCGGAUAGCCUCUCGGCGAUCGUGGACACGGGAAGCGAUCUCAUAUGGACCCAGUGUAAGCCAUGCGCGAAAUGUUUCGAUCAGUCGUCGCCGAUCUUCGACCCGAAGAAGUCCUCCACUUUCUCCGUGCUCACGUGCUCCAGCAAACUUUGCGAGGCGCUACCGACUUCGUCAUGCGGCACCAACGGGUGCGAGUACUUAUACACCUACGGGGAUUACUCUUCGACACAAGGUGUUUUGGCCUCCGAGACCUUCACUUUCAAGGAUUCGGUUUCUAUCCCCAAGAUAGGGUUUGGGUGCGGCGAGGACAACGAAGGAAGCGGGUUCGACCAGGGCGCGGGCCUAGUCGGCCUAGGGCGCGGCCCCUUGUCCUUGGUCUCACAACUUGGUGUGGCCGAAUUCGCUUAUUGCUUGACAUCAAUUGAUGACUCUAAAACAAGCAAGCUCUUGAUGGGAAGUGAAGCAACAAGCGGGAACCUCACAACCAGUGCAAUGAAGACCACCCCAUUAAUUAAGAACCCAUUACAACCUUCCUUUUACUAUCUUUCCCUUGAAGGCAUCUCCGUUGGUGACACUCGCUUGCCCAUCAAGAAAACCACUUUUGCGUUGCUAGAUGAUGGGAGCGGCGGCGUGAUCAUAGACUCCGGCACAACCAUCACGUACAUCGAGGAGAGCGCUUUCGAUCUGGUUAAGAAGGAGUUCAAGUCCCAAACGAAGCUCCCCGUGGACGACUCGGGCUCGACGGGGCUCGAUCUUUGCUUCAAGCUGCCCUCGGACGAGAGCCAGGUCGAGGUGCCAAAGCUGAUCUUCCAUUUCGAAGGGGCGGAUCUGGAUCUACCGGGGGAGAACUACAUGAUCGCGGACUCCACCGUGGGAUUGGUUUGCUUGGCCAUGGGGAGCUCGAGCGGCAUGUCCAUCUUCGGGAACGUCCAGCAACAGAAUAUGAUGGUGAUCCAUGACCUCGCGAAGGAAACCUUGUCAUUCCUUCCGACGGAAUGCGACAAAUUGUGAGUCGUUCGUUCGUGAUAUGUGUAAUCAAUACAUUGCAUUAUACUUUGUGUUGGCUUGCGCUGAUUUGAUUACAUUUGGAGGUACGACUUAUUUCUUACGCAUGCUAAUCGAUUAGUCAGCCAAUAAAAGAACAUUUUUCUCA